AUGGACACGGAUCCUGUCGUGCAUGGCACUCCUCAAGCUAUGACAAUACACCCUCCUCCGCCUCCGCCUCCGCCUCCACCUCCAGCGGAGCAGGCUGAUGCAUCGUCGACACCAAAUGACAACACUGUAGUAAACAAUUCUACCCCUCCUCAUCCUACAUCAACUUCUUUCAAACUCAAAUUCUGCACGGUUUGUGCCGCAAAUCAGAACCGGUCCAUGGAAGCCCAUAACCGUCUAUCUGCACCUCCAUCUUCAUACUCUGUCAUAUCAUUCGGCACGGGCUCCCUAGUUCGGCUGCCGGGGCCAUCUAUCACACAACCCAACGUUUAUAAUUUUAAUACCGUAUCUUAUUCGCAAAUAUAUGAUGAAUUACAAGCGAAAGAUCCAAGGCUCUACCGCAAUAACGGAGUUCUUCCCAUGCUAGAACGGAAUAAGGGCGUAAAAUGGGGUCCAGAACGGUUUCAAGACUGGAACCCGGGCAUGCCUCGUUUAGAUCACGUAUCGAGGGGGGAUAAGGGUAGUCUUGGAACUGAAGGCGGGGUCGUCGACGUUAUUAUAACGUGCGAAGAACGAUGCUGGGAUGCGGUUGUGGAGGAUCUUAUGAAUCGCGGUGCACCUUUGAACAGGCCUGUUCAUGUUUUUAACGUCGACAUCAGGGAUAACCACGAGGAAGCCCUGGUUGGAAGUAAAGGGAUACUUGAUUUGGCGAACAGGCUCAAUGAAGUGGCUGAUGAGGAGCGGCGAUUGAACGGUCCCAACGGAUGGGAUCAGGGUGCUGGUGAUGCUAGAAGGGGCUUUGACGAGAGAGUUCCGGAAAUACUUGCUAAGUGGCAGGAGAAAUGGCCUAAUCUUCCUGCCCUGUGGACUCUCUCUUGGUUUUGA